GGUUGGAGCGAAACCAAUUUUAGCGCACGCACCACAGGGUACCGGACCUGGCCCAUACAACUCUGUGCGAAGAAGCUUAUAACGGGGAGGAUCGCAUCUGGAAUAUGAACAGGACGCGUGUGCACUGUGCGAAGCUGAGCGGAGGGAGAGAAAGAGAGGGGAACGUCUGAGUUAGGGUUUUUGAGAAUCUGAAAGAAUCAAAGGCCGCGUGUGUGUGAGAGAUAGAGAGAGAGAGGUGAGUACGCGAGAGCUGAGAGCCAAGUGGAGAGAGAUUGUGAGUGUUUCUCGCGACCUUAGGGUUUCUUGAUUCUUUGUACCGCCUUCUCGAUUCCCAUGGAGAACAAGCUCGUGGUUCUGGGUAUCCCUUGGGAUGUCGAUACGGAAGGAUUGAGGGAUUACAUGAGCAAAUUUGGUGAAUUGGACGACUGUAUUGUGAUGAAGGAGCGAUCCACUGGUCGAUCUCGUGGUUUUGGAUACGUAACAUUUGCAUCAGUUGAGGAUGCUAAGAAAGCAUUAGCUAGCGAGCAUGUCCUUGGCAACAGAGUGCUGGAAGUAAAAGUAGCAACACCAAAGGAAGAAAUGAGGGCACCUGCAAAGAAAGUGACCAGGAUAUUUGUGGCUAGGAUCCCACCCUCUGUGACAGAAGCUGCAUUUCGAAGCUAUUUUGAGACCUAUGGUGAUAUCACAGAUUUGUACAUGCCAAAGGAUCCAAGCACAAAAGGGCACCGUGGAAUUGGCUUUAUCACUUUCACCAGUGCAGAAUCUGUGGACCACUUGAUGGCUGAAACUCAUGAGUUGGGAGGUUCUACCAUAGUAGUUGACCGAGCAACACCCAAGCAGGAGGAUGACUUCCGGCCAGUCAGCAGAAUGUCACAAGGGGGAUAUGGUGCAUACAAUGCUUAUAUUAGUGCAGCAACCAGAUAUGCAGCAUUGGGUGCCCCAACCUUAUAUGACCAACCAAGUGUAGUUUAUGGAAGAGGGGAAUCCAUUCGAGGGAUGGGAAAAAAGAUUUUUGUUGGAAGGCUUCCUCAGGAGGCAAGUGCUGAAGAUCUUCGCCAGUAUUUCGGUAGAUUCGGUCGUAUUUUAGAUGUUUAUGUUCCUAAGGAUCCUAAAAGAACAGGCCACAGGGGAUUUGGUUUUGUGACCUUUGCUGAAGAUGGUGUAGCAGAUCGUGUAUCUCGAAGGUCUCAUGAGAUUUGUGGACAGCAGGUUGCUAUAGAUUCGGCUACACCCCUUGACGAUGCUGGUGCCAGUGGGAGUUUUGCCAUGGAUGGUGCUGAAGCAUUUGGGGGUUAUGGUCCUCUGCGUACAUAUGGCAGGAUGUAUGGAAGCCUUGAUUUUGAUGAUUGGGGCUAUGGAAUAAGCAGUACUGGUGGUGGAGGAAUGAGCAGCGGGAGGCCUUCAAGAGCAGAUUGGCGAUAUAGGCCAUACUAGAGAUGAAGAGUUACAGGCGUGGAAUGUGUGGCACUGGCCUUGUAUCUUGUUGGUGCUAGCAAAAUGCACCCUGCUAGUUGGUUAUUGAAAAUUCUAAAUUAUAAGGAUAAGAUUGAUGAUUGCAGACAUUGUAUUUGAGUUUUAUAUGCAGUCACUUUGUAGUUUCUUGACUGGGUUUUCCAUCUGAAUCCGAAGAGAUUCGUAACUUAACAAUAUCAAUACUGACUUUUGGGUAAUAACAUGCAUUGAUCGAAUGACUA